AUGCUCAGGAUAGUUUGGGAUGCUCCUCAGCAGUUGCUAAAGGAGAGGAGAGAGUCCCGGAAGCUGGUACUGGUGGUGGUGUUUGUUGCUCUGCUCCUGGACAACAUGCUACUUACGGUAGUGGUGCCCAUUGUACCCAACUUCCUAUAUGCCACAGAGUUCAAAGAAAUCAACACUCCUCUGCACCUUGGCACCACCACAGUUUCCCAGCAUGUCCUUACUCCUCGUGCCUUUUCCACAAUCUUCUCCUUCUUUGGAAAUGACACCAUGGCUAUUAAAGAAAGUGCACCCAGUGGCACAGCAUGGACAGAUCGCACUUCUGGUACCAUCCCUCCUCUAGUCACUGAAGCCAUCCCAGCACAACAAAACAACUGCUUGCAAGGCACAGAGUUUUUGGAGGAAGAGAACAUACGGGUUGGGGUUCUGUUUGCUUCAAAGGCUCUGAUGCAACUUCUGGUCAACCCAUUCGUGGGACCUUUCAUCAACAGGAUUGGAUAUCACAUCCCCAUGUUUGUUGGCUUUGUUAUCCUGUUUCUCUCCACAGUUAUGUUUGCUUUUUCUGGUACCUAUACCCUACUUUUUGUGGCUCGAACCCUUCAAGGCAUUGGAUCCUCAUUUUCUUCUGUUGCAGGUCUUGGGAUGCUGGCAAGUGUCUACACUGAUGACUAUGAGAGAGGGCAUGCCAUGGGAAUUGCCUUGGGGGGCCUGGCUUUGGGAGUGCUGAUGGGAGCUCCUUUUGGAAGUGUGAUGUAUGUGUUUGUUGGGCGGUCUUCACCCUUCCUUAUAUUGGCCUUUCUGGCACUACUAAAUGGAGCACUCCAGCUGUGUAUUCUACAGCCUUCCAAAGUCUCUCCUGAGAGUGCCAAGGGGACUCCACUCCUUACACUUCUCAAAGACCCUUAUAUCCUGGUGGCUGCAGGCUCCCUCUGCUUUGCUAACAUGGGAGUGGCCAUGCUGGAGCCCACACUGCCCCUCUGGAUGAUGCAGACCAUGUGUUCCCCUGAGUGGCAGUUAGGUCUAGCUUUUUUGCCUGCCAGUGUGUCCUACCUCAUUGGCACCAACCUCUUUGGUGUGUUGGCAAACAAGAUGGGUCGGUGGCUCUGCUCCAUGAUUGGGAUGAUGGUUAUAGGUACCAGCUUGCUUUGUGUUCCUCUGGCUUAUAAUAUUUUUGGUCUCAUUGGCCCCAAUGCAGGACUUGGCUUUUCCAUAGGUAUGGUGGAUUCCUCUGUGAUGCCCAUCAUGGGACACCUGGUGGACCUGCGUCAUACCUCAGUGUAUGGGAGUGUCUAUGCCAUAGCUGAUGUAGCUUUUUGCAUGGGUUUUGCUAUAGGCCCAUCCACCGGGGGAGCCAUUGUGCAUGCCAUUGGCUUCCCCUGGCUUAUGGUCAUCAUUGGGGUCAUCAACAUCAUGUAUGCUCCUCUCUGUUACUACCUGAGAAGCCCCCCAGCCAAGGAGGAAAAGCUGGCAAUUCUGAGCCAGGACUGCCCCAUGGAGACCCGGAUAUGUGCAACUCAGAAGCCCACAAGGGAAUUUCCUCUGGGGGAAGACAGUGACGAGGAGCCUGGCAGUAAGCAGUAG